AUGAUACCUUGGCGACCAGAAGAUGAUCCAAACAUCAAACCCCCGCUUCAAGAGGGCCAGGUAUACAGACCAGACAUACUCAACGUGAUUGAGACGUCAAUCGACGGACUGAGCGGGGAGCUGAGGGCACUGAGUCUCGAUAUCCACGACCAUCCAGAGCUGAGGUUCGAAGAAAAAUAUGCCCAUGACGCAUACACUACGUUCAUGGAAAAACAUGGUUUCGCAGUUACUAAAAAAUAUCAUCUUGAGACUGCCUGGGUGGCUACAUACACCCAUGGACACGGAGGGCGCGUUUUGGGUAUUAACUCUGAGAUGGAUGCGCUCCCUGGAAUCGGACACGCUUGUGGACACAACCUUAUUGGGAUAUCCGGAGUAGCGGUAGCUCUUGCAGCUAAGGCUGCUAUGGAGAGGCUGAACAUCGAUGGAAAGGUGGUUCUGCUGGGUACACCUGCCGAGGAGGGUGGCUUUGGCAAGAUCAUGUUGUAUGAAAAGGGGGCAUACGACGAGAUGGAUGUGUGUCUCAUGUGCCAUCCCACACCUGGCCCCCGCCACUCCAUUAGUCUGACUAGCUGCUUGGCUUUUUGUUGGGAAGGACGAAAUGCACUCGAUGCGGCUGUCCUAGCAUAUAAUAACAUCUCUCUUCUUCGUCAGCAGAUUAAACCUACUCAUCGCGUGCACGGCAUCUUUGAAGGAAAGGAUUGGGGUCCAAACAUCAUCCCGGACCAAGCUAUAAUGCAGUGGAUAGUCCGCGCUCCCACGACGUUGGAGAUGGAAGACACCAAGCGACGUGUUACUGCCUGCUUCGAGGCAGCUGCACUCGCAUCUGGAUGCAAAGUCCAAAUCACGUGCAGUGACUUAGUACUGAAUGUUAUCCCAGGUGAUGAGCUUGCUGACGUUGUUCUGAAGCGCUAUGGUACUAUAGAUUACGAGUGGGGUAUCAAGGGUGCUUCUACUGAUUUCGUGAUGAUGCCUGGUCUUCACCCUGGUUUUUCCAUCCCGACUAUUCCAGAUGGCGGGAACCAUACCCCAGGAUUCACGGAAUCUGCACGUUCCGAAGUAUCCCAUGACGCCUGUUUGGUGGUCUCGAAGGCACUCGCGGCCGUCGGCAUGCGAGUGUUGACUGACGAGGCGUUCUUCCAGAAAGUGAAGGACACGUUUGAGGAAGAUAAGAAACUAAGAGUGUAACUGCUGACUUGUGAUAGGCAUCAGAAGGAAGAAUUUGUCUAUGUCAAACAUAAAUUGUUACAUUGAGGUUGUUCUCUUCAGUUCCUCAACUAACCUCCGAUAAUAAACGCAUGCAUGAUCAAUUCGUCUUAAAACGACUCGUAGAGCCCAAACAUGGUCAGAGUUGCCAGUAGGUUUUGAUGUAAAUUUAAAGACUUGC